AUGGCAUCGCCCACAGAUUCCGAAGCUUUGAGGCAGGCUCUUAGGGAGACGCGGGAACGUGAGGAGCCGGCAGCCGAGUUCAAGGGCAUUCUCGCCAAUAUCGGGUCCUUUGCCCCUCCGCUUCGCAUCGCGACCGCCUUCAUCGCCAUCGCAGAUGACCUCUUGGCCGAACCCAUAGGCGUGGUGGCCACGCGGUCCGUCCUUGACGACCUCAUCACCGCUCUGCGCAAAUACGACGACCACGACAUGUGGAUCGAGGUCGGCCAGCACGUCAUCCAGGCAGUAACAAGCCGCACGGCGCUGGCCUCAUCGCUGGUCGAGCAGGUGGCGACGCUGCGCGAGCUCGUUGCGAGGGCGCACGAAGCCAACGAGGACUUUGUCGACGCGGCCAAGGUGCUGACCGAGAUACCGCUCGACAGCUCGCAGCGGCGAGUGCCCGACGCCGAGAAGGCGGCCGUUUGGAUCCGCAUCGUGCGCAACUACCUCGAGGUCGACGACAGCACCUCGGCCGAGAUCUACCUUAACAAACUCAAGAACGUCAUGCACACGGUCGAGGACCCGGAGCUGAACCUGCACUUCCGCCUCAGCGCCGCCCGCAUCCAAGACUCGAACCGCCAGUUCCUCCAAGCCGCCAAAAGCUAUCACGACAUCAGCUUCUCGCCCUCCAUCGCCGAGGAGGAGCGCCUGCACACCCUGGCCAUGGCCAUCAAGUGCGCCAUCCUAGCCCCCGCCGGCCCGCUGCGGAGCCGGGCGCUGGGCCAGCUGUACAAGGACGAACGAUCAGCGGGGCUAGAAGAGUUUGGCAUUCUCGAAAACAUGUUCUUUGACCGGCUGCUGAGCCCCGCCGAGGUGGACAAGUUUGCCCAGGGGCUCGCGCCGCAUCAGCUCGCCAAGACGUCGGACGGCUCAACUCCCCUAUCUCGGGCGGUAGUGGAGCACAAUCUCCUGAGCGCGAGCAGGCUGUAUCUCAAUAUCGGGUUCGAUGAGCUGGGGGUAUUGCUUGGCCUGGAUGGGGAUAAGGCGGAGGACACGACGGCAAAAAUGAUCGAGCAGGGGCGACUGUCCGGUUCGAUUGACCAGAUCGACAGAAUUAUCUGGUUUGGCGGCGGCGAGGCGUCUGGGGAGAAAGGCAGCGGCAGGGCAGAGGCGCUGGUGGGAAGGGAGAUGCGGCGGUGGGAUAGUAAUGUGCAGGCGCUGGCUGAGGAUGUGGAGCGGGUCACAGAUGCUCUGCAAGCGGAGUUUCCAGAGUUUGUCGCUGCUCAUAUGGCGACCUGA